CAAGUACAGUGUACUGCACUUAAUCUCCUGCCGACCCCAAAACCAUCAGCAAUCACCUGAAGCGCCAUCAACGAUCCUGCGCUACACACCAACACGAACCAAACCGCGUGGUCAGCACACUCCACACCAUUACCGCCUCAGUUUCCUUCCAUUCGAUUCAAUUAAGCGCGGAUAAAUGGCGACGGCGACGGCGACCACUUCUUCUGCCGUUCCGGCAACCGCUUUUUUACGGCGGCAAGGGGCAAAUGGAGGUGCGAACCGAAGCUUGCGAUGGGCGAGGAACCAGCACCAGAGGUGGAGUCCGAGGAGGUCUGGUGCGGCUGUAAUUACUGCGAAGUUCGACCUCAAGCCCCCUCCGUAUCCCCAGGAUGCGCUGGAACCACACAUGAGCCAGAACACCAUGUCGUUUCACUGGGGAAAGCAUCACAGAGCAUACGUCGAUAAUCUGAACAAGCAGAUCGUCGGGACGGAGCUGCAAGGGAAGUCCUUGGAGGACGUUAUGAUUCGGACCUACAAUAAGGGCGACCUCCUUCCUCCGUUCAAUAACGCUGCUCAGGUCUGGAACCACGACUUCUUUUGGGAUUCAAUGAAACCUGGUGGGGGAGGAAAGCCAUCUGGCGAGCUUCUGAAGGCGAUCGAGAGAGAUUUCGGUUCUUUUGAGAAGUUCUCUGAAGAGUUCAGAUCGGCUGCUGCCACCCAGUUCGGUUCUGGUUGGGCUUGGCUUGUUUAUACAGUUAAUCCCCGUCCAUCGGAUGGGAAGGAGCUUCUAGUGUUGAAGACUCCCAAUGCUGUGAAUCCCCUGGUUCUGGGCUACACGGCACUCCUCACGAUCGAUGUAUGGGAGCAUGCUUACUACCUUGACUAUCAGAACCGACGACCUGAUUACAUAUCAAUCUUCAUGGAGAAGCUUGUUUCCUGGGAUGCAGUUAGUGCUAAACUUGAGGUUGCAAAGUCUCGAGUUGCCUAAAAGAGACGAGGAAGAAGAGAGAAGGGGCGGUAGCUGAUUCUACAGAAGAUGUUCAGAAGCACAAUGUUUUUCUUGGUUUUUGUCCGAAUAAGGUCCCAUGAUAACGGACCAAAACUUGCCAUCCCUUUCUUGUUGUGCGAAAUAUCCAAUACAUGCGUGUGAUCUAUGAGGUGCCAUUCCUUGUGCUCCGGGCAGCUAUUUAGGAAUCGUACCAUUCUUAUUCCGGCUUACUUUUAAAGAAACUUGACUUGCAUGGGUCUGAGGAGGCUUUUAGGAUGUCUAUUACGACCAACUAGUUGGUAUAAAAGAUGGAAAAUUUGUCCAUACCCAUUAAUCUUGAGAAAUUUUA